AUGAAUAUGAGUGAGAAUUUGGAACUAUUUGCAGAAAGUCCAUCGGAUAUUACGUCAGAUAGUGAUUUCCAUCGUCCAAUGCCAGUGGCUCGAGGCGCAGAUCGACACUGGUUAACAAGGGGACGUGAACGGAGAAGUCGUCGAGCCCAAGUUCCGUGUGGCAUCGGUGCGCAUGCCCGACUUCGAUUCGAUUCAAUCUCAACCAUCGCUCCAGUCGAUCAUUCGUCGUCAUUCGAAGAUGAUGAUGACGAACUCUAUGGAUUAUAUACACCGGUGACGAAAGGCCGAAGCUCACCUCCACGAUUGCUGAGAGGGCUUAGCAUGAUUGAGGAGUUGUCACCGAUAGGUGAUCCAGAGGAUGUGGAUGUCCCAAAGGUACCGUCAUUACAGUUGACUCGUAAUUGGAGACCACUGCAAACGUCCACAACAACUUCGGUUCAUCACAUUGGACUUCCAAAAACUAAUCCACGUCAUAUCAACAAGGUUUAUGCACAAGCAACGUCGUCAACACCGCGUGUCCGUGGGAAUAAUCGAAAUUCAGUACUUAGUUACAAUGUGGCUGAAUAUGAUGCACUGGAGAGACCAUUAAGUUUUUUUGAGGAGGAGCCGUCAAAAGAAUGGUCACGACCAAAUUCGCAGAUUCUCUCAUCGGUCUAUCAUGCCGCAUCGAACUGGAAACCCGACCACUUCGGUCUGCCGGCUCCAUUCGCUCGACGUAUUGGUUGCAAAGGCAAAAUUCAUUUAACAAUGUCACUUUCGGGACGAUUUCUAACCAUCAGCGUUGUCAAGGCUACGUUCUUCUUGGACCCUUGUCAAUCACAAGCAUCCUCUUACGUGAGAGUGGAAAUGAAGCGAAAUCCGCGUUACAAGAAGCAGUUGAGGUCAUGCUCUGAGGAUCGCUUCUACGAGACCGAACACGAGCAGAGUUUUCGUACUCGCCUUGUGCCGUUGAACAAUCGACCGAAUUUCUAUGAAAAUUUCUCAUUACGUAAAAGAAUGUUGGGUUGUAUGGCUUUCCCUGUACGACGACUAAUCAAAAAGGCCAAUAUGAUGAGCGAAACUGGUUUUGACGAGAAUUUGCAAUCGUUUGAGCGAACGGUGAUUAACGAUGGUGAUUUCUUUUUGUUACGACCUGAACUGGGCGAGAAACAGAACUUUCCCGAGAGCAAGAUUAAUGUUCAAAAAUACUAUGACGAUAUUGGCACGAGCAGUAGUGGAUCCCAAACACAUUCACCACCAAAAGUUAGUUUGCCGUUUACCAUCAAUACUUUUUCCUUGAUCGUUUCCAAUUCGUCAUCAAAAGAAAGCUUCUUCAUCGAAUUCGGUUCAAUUCAAUGCGUCAAUACUGCAAUCGCUCUUUCUUCUAUUCCACAUAUUUUCGUUUCUUAG